GAUGCCAAUGUUCAGUUCCGUCUGGGAAAUGUUGAUGCAUUUCAGCUGGCAGAUGGCUUACAAUAUAUUUUUUCACAUGUGGGUCAGUUGACGGGUAUGUACCGUUACAAGUACAGGCUUAUGAGGCAGAUUCGAAUGUGCAAGGAUUUGAAACAUUUGAUCUAUUAUCGAUUCAAUACUGGGCCAGUUGGAAAAGGUCCUGGUUGUGGUUUCUGGGCACCUAUGUGGAGGGUGUGGUUAUUCUUCCUUCGUGGUAUAGUGCCUCUUUUGGAACGAUGGUUAGGAAAUUUACUGGCGAGGCAAUUUGAGGGUCGCCAUUCAAAGGGGGUGGCCAAAACUGUCACAAAGCAACGUGUUGAAAGUCACUUUGACUUGGAGCUCCGUGCUGCAGUAAUGCAUGAUGUCCUUGAUGCUAUGCCAGAGGGUAUCAAGCAAAAUAAAGCGAGAACCAUUUUGCAGCAUCUAAGUGAAGCAUGGCGUUGUUGGAAGGCAAAUAUUCCUUGGAAGGUCCCAGGUUUGCCUGUUCCUAUUGAGAACAUGAUUCUCCGCUAUGUCAAAUCAAAAGCUGAUUGGUGGACAAAUGUUGCUCACUACAACCGUGAACGUAUAAGAAGAGGAGCAACCGUUGACAAGACUGUGUGUCGUAAGAACCUUGGAAGAUUGACUCGCCUUUGGCUGAAGGCUGAACAGGAGCGGCAACAUAACUACUUGAAAGACGGCCCAUAUGUUACUCCAGAAGAAGCAGUAGCUAUUUAUACUACCACUGUGCAUUGGUUGGAGUCGAGGAAGUUUUCUCCUAUUCCAUUCCCUCCAUUGUCAUACAAGCAUGACACGAAGCUACUUAUCCUUGCUCUUGAGAGACUGAAAGAAUCUUACAGUGUGGCUGUGAGGUUAAACCAGCAGCAAAGGGAAGAGUUGGGCCUCAUUGAGCAAGCUUAUGAUAAUCCGCAUGAGGCAUUGUCAAGGAUUAAGCGUCACCUGCUUACUCAGCGUGCCUUCAAAGAAGUUGGCAUCGAGUUCAUGGACUUGUACAGUUACCUGAUUCCUGUUUAUGAGAUCGAACCACUUGAGAAGAUUACUGACGCGUACCUGGACCAGUACCUAUGGUAUGAAGGUGAUAAGCGCCAUCUCUUCCCAAAUUGGAUUAAGCCUGCUGAUUCAGAGCCACCACCACUAUUAGUAUAUAAAUGGUGUCAAGGCAUAAACAAUUUGCAAGGAGUAUGGGACACCAGUGAAGGACAGUGUGUGGUGAUGCUGCAGACAAAGUUUGAGAAAUUCUUUGAAAAGAUUGACCUGACCAUGUUGAACAGGCUUCUGCGUUUGGUGCUGGACCACAAUAUUGCUGAUUAUGUUACUGCAAAAAACAAUGUUGUGCUGUCUUACAAAGAUAUGAGCCACACAAACUCAUACGGGCUGAUACGUGGUCUUCAAUUUGCUUCGUUUGUUGUACAGUACUAUGGGCUUGUGCUGGAUCUUUUGCUCCUAGGUUUAACUCGAGCUAGUGAAAUUGCUGGUCCACCACAGAUGCCUAAUGAAUUCAUAACCUUUAGUGAUACUAGAGUGGAAACGAGGCAUCCUAUAAGGUUGUAUUCUCGCUACAUUGACAAGGUGCAUAUAUUAUUUCGCUUCACUCAUGAAGAGGCUCGGGACCUUAUCCAAAGAUAUCUUACUGAGCAUCCUGAUCCCAACAAUGAGAACAUGGUUGGUUAUAACAAUAAGAAAUGCUGGCCUAGAGACGCAAGAAUGAGGCUCAUGAAGCAUGAUGUUAAUCUUGGGAGAAGUGUCUUCUGGGACAUGAAGAAUCGGCUGCCUAGAAGUAUUACUACAUUGGAGUGGGAAAACAGCUUUGUCUCUGUUUAUAGCAAAGAUAACCCAAACUUGCUCUUCAGCAUGUGUGGAUUUGAAGUUCGGAUACUGCCUAAGAUAAGAAUGACCCAAGAGGCAUUCAGCAAUACAAGAGAUGGAGUCUGGAAUCUACAAAAUGAGCAGACCAAGGAACGCACAGCUGUUGCCUUCUUGCGUGUAGAUGAUGAGCACAUGAAGGUGUUUGAGAAUCGUGUUAGGCAGAUCCUCAUGUCCUCUGGUUCUACAACAUUCACAAAGAUUGUUAACAAAUGGAACACUGCUCUUAUUGGCCUCAUGACAUAUUUCCGUGAAGCAACAGUGCAUACCCAAGAAUUACUGGACCUGCUGGUCAAAUGUGAAAACAAGAUACAAACUCGUAUUAAGAUUGGUUUGAACUCAAAAAUGCCAAGUAGGUUUCCUCCUGUUAUUUUCUACACACCAAAGGAAAUUGGAGGGCUGGGAAUGUUGUCAAUGGGUCACAUAUUGAUCCCGCAGAGUGAUCUUAGAUAUAGUCAGCAAACAGAUGUUGGUGUGACACAUUUCAGAAGUGGAAUGAGCCAUGAAGAGGACCAAUUGAUUCCAAAUCUUUAUCGAUAUAUACAGCCGUGGGAGAGUGAGUUCAUCGACUCUCAGAGAGUUUGGGCUGAAUAUGCUUUGAAAAGGCAGGAAGCCCAGGCACAGAAUAGGCGUUUGACUCUUGAAGAUCUGGAAGAUUCAUGGGAUCGUGGAAUACCUCGAAUCAAUACAUUAUUCCAGAAGGAUCGCCACACCCUAGCAUAUGACAAAGGAUGGAGAGUGAGAACAGACUUUAAACAGUACCAAGUUCUUAAGCAGAAUCCAUUCUGGUGGACACACCAGAGGCAUGAUGGAAAGCUAUGGAACCUGAAUAACUAUCGUACUGAUGUGAUUCAAGCUCUUGGAGGAGUUGAAGGAAUUCUUGAGCAUACAUUAUUCAAAGGAACAUAUUUCCCUACUUGGGAGGGUCUUUUCUGGGAGAAAGCUUCAGGUUUUGAGGAAUCCAUGAAGUACAAGAAAUUGACUAAUGCUCAACGAUCUGGGCUUAAUCAAAUCCCUAAUCGUAGGUUUACUCUUUGGUGGUCGCCAACAAUAAAUAGGGCCAAUGUCUAUGUUGGUUUCCAAGUACAGCUGGACCUGACCGGGAUAUUUAUGCAUGGGAAGAUUCCAACUCUGAAGAUAUCUUUGAUACAGAUCUUCCGUGCACAUUUGUGGCAGAAGAUCCAUGAGAGUGUUGUCAUGGAUCUUUGCCAAGUUUUGGAUCAAGAGUUGGAUGCAUUGGAAAUUGAGACUGUACAGAAGGAAACAAUUCAUCCAAGAAAGAGUUACAAAAUGAAUAGUUCAUGCGCUGACAUCCUCCUCUUUGCUGCACAUAGAUGGCCCAUGUCGAAACCUAGUCUUGUGGCCGAAUCGAAGGAUGUGUUUGACCAGAAGGCUAGUAACAAAUACUGGAUAGAUGUGCAGCUUCGAUGGGGUGACUAUGAUUCUCAUGAUAUUGAGCGUUAUACACGAGCAAAAUUCAUGGAUUACACAACUGACAACAUGUCUAUUUAUCCAUCUCCUACUGGUGUAAUGAUUGGACUUGACCUUGCUUACAACUUGCAUUCCGCCUUUGGUAACUGGUUCCCUGGUUCAAAACCAUUGCUUGCCCAAGCCAUGAACAAGAUUAUGAAGUCAAAUCCUGCACUCUAUGUUCUGAGGGAACGCAUAAGGAAAGGGUUGCAAUUG